AUGUCCACGCCAGUCAGGUCGACGCGCGCAGACGUGUCGCCCAUCCCCGAUAGCCCCGGCACCUGGAGACACCCCCGCCUCAACGAAAUCACGAGACGGCGCAAUGCGACGACCUUUUCCGAGAAGAAUGUGCGGCGGAUAGCCUACAACGUGAUUGCCCUGUUGAUCAUGUGGUCGUUUCAGCUGCUUGCAAGGCUCAAGGUGGAUCCACAGACGUUUUCCAGCACCUUUCGCUACUAUCUGGGCUGGACUUGGUUCGCCUUGCAGCUGCUUCCCUUUAUCCAGAUCGGCCUCGCCUGCCUGCCCCUUGUCCGCGCGCAAGACGAUCUCUCCGACAUACCUUUGACGGCGACGCAACGGAAGCUGCUGGGCCUUGCUCCAUCUUCCGCCCCGCCGACCCCCGAAGCCAGGUUUAGCACGCCUCCACGAUACUCGCGCACACCGUCAAUUGCGGGCUCCAUCGUCUUUCGGAUCGUCGAGUCCCUUUGGCGCGAGCUCGUCUGCCAACUUGUUCUCCGAAACUGGCUCGCCGAGCCCGUCGACCGGGAAGCGGACAAGCGUGGGGCUGAAUAG